AGUCAACCGUGGAGGCAGUUAACAGUUUGAGGUUCAGGAAAAAGGGUUAAUAAUUCUAAGUCAAGAAAUAAUAGUCAAAGAAUGUAUGAACUCACGAUAGGAUGAUCGUUCCGGUCACCCCACAGUGAAAAUCACAAGUAGUAUUAGCGCAUUACUCCAGGAGCGCCGCCCACGCAGUACUCCCCAUAAACAAAGAAUGACAAAGACUCUUUCUGUGUGACUCAGUACCCUCAAAUGUCCGUCAGCUCUUCAGAAAACGUGAAAUAGCGUUUCGCAAUGUGUCAGACGUGGGAGUCAGCCUCAAGCAUCACGUGACACCGAAAGCACCUCCCCUGACGGACUGCCUGCGGGAGAGCCGCGACUUGGAGGGUCCGCCAUGAAAUCCUUCUGCCUCGAUAUCAUUCGGAAAAUCGGAUUCCUGCUUCUGCUGGUCUCGCACGUCACCUCGCAAGACCCACGGCGUCCUGUGUCAGUCCUGCGAAGUGACUCCAGGCAGGAAGGAAGCGACUCUGAAGACACUGUCGUGGAGAACCUGUCAUGUGUAUCAGUGAAUCUUGAAAGCUUACAGUGUAGGUGGGAGAUACCGAAGAUUCCUGUCUCUAAUUACACCAUGUAUCUAUACAACUGGCUACAUUUCUGGAAUAUUAAGCAAAGCUGUACGUGCUACGAAGAGUGGUGUGGCUCUUGCUCCGGGGUGUGCUGUCACUGGAAAGCUCCAGCUUAUGACUUCACUGCUCCUGAAAUUAUGAUUGAACUUUCAACCGGCAGCAGCACCCUGAACGAAACGUUCAACCAGCCAUUAAUCGUUCUCCCUGGUCCCGCCGAGAAGCUAAGCAUAAGCACGACAGAGUCAUACCAGGAGCUCGAAGUCAGAUGGGAUACGCCAAAAUUCCUCAUAAAUUUCGAGCCCGGACUUUUCUAUAGAGUGGACUACAGGCCUAAAAAUGUCAGCGUUUUUGGGUCCCUUGAGUGGAUGAGUGUGCCGGGACAUUAUUACGACAAAAACGAGACGGUGAGGCUGACGUCGCUGCACGGCUGGGUGGACUAUGAGGUGCGCGUGAGACUCCGCUCGGGGGCACGACCUCCGCCCUCACCCGACAAUGGCACUGACGGAUGGUGGUCGUCCGAGGCCUCUGGCAACGCCUUCACGCCGCAGGGAGCGCCCGAGGUUGCCCCAGCCGUGGGCGUGGGAACCUUCGAGGUUGAGAGCGACGCCGACUCCGGGCGGCGGGCGGUCGCGCUGCAGUGGCGCCCCGUGCCCCCGCUGCUGCACAACGGACCCGGCCUGGAGUACCGCGUCCUGGUCAGGGACCAAACGAACAACAUGGUGAAAACUCUCACAGAAACCGGAACAUUUGUCAAAAUUGAGGACCUCAACAAAGAUUCAAGUUACAGAAUGGAAAUCACCGCCGCGAACAGCGCCGGCGUCGGCCACACGACGGCAGCGUUGCGCAUCCCCGCCGACCCGCCUCCCGCCCCGCUCCUGCCGGCAGUCGUCUACCACGCUGGGACUGGCCACUACGAACUCAGGUGGCCGGCGAAGGAGAACCUCACCUACACGGUCUACGUCUGCACCGACGGCCUGUCCUUCCACUCGCCCUGCUCGAGCAACUUGUACUGGAAGAACUUGGGUUCAGCAUCAGCAGUGAACCUCACAUUGGAAGAACUAAACGUGACUGACUCCGUGACUCCUGACGAGGUUCGUUUCGCUCUGUCAGCAGAGACCUUCGCCGAGGACUCCAGCGGCAUGGCCUGGGACAGCUGCAUCCAUCCCCAGCAGUAUAACAAGCAGCAUUCUGCGCCCGAAAUCAUCACGGACUACGACAGCACGACAAACAGCGUGAGUCUGCGCUGGAAUGCGGAUUGCGCUGCUCGAGGGGGGGUGAUCGAGGAGGUGCAGGCGAUCUGGUGCGAAGGCCAUAGCAGCUGCGUUGACGCAGGCAACGAAAUCCCCAUGAAGAACGAGAGCGACGUUUUUUCGGGCGUCGUGGUGCUGGAGGGCCUUCGCGAGGGCUCGGAGUACGCGGCGAACCUCAGACUCAAGUACCGAGGCGGCUUCUCGGGAUGGUCCUCCCCGCUGCCGUUCUCGACGAAGGCUUCAGUUCUCCCGACGUGGCUCAUCGUCAUCAUCGUCAUUGUGGCUAUUGCGGUCACUGUUGUGGUCCUCGCCGCCGGUGUCUACAGCAGGAGGAAGAUCCACGUGAUCGCCCGGGAUGCGCAGCGGCAGAUCAUCCUUCCCGAGGGCCUCGGCGACAGCAGCGCCUUCCACGGCUCGCGGCGCCAGGAUGACAGCUCCGAUAUCCGAAGUCGAAAUUCAUUCACCACGGCCGUGAUGAACAAUCAUGACUCCAUCUAUGACAACGUUCAGUUCAGUGAGCGGUUGUCAGACCAUGUGUUGUGCCUCGACACGGAGUACUUCCAGAUGCCCUUCUCUGGAGGUCGAGGUCUUGCCCAAAGCAACGUCGAUGAGGAAACCCCUCCUCUGGUUUCUCAGCCUGGUGACGUCAUGCCGGUGUUCCCUAAUGGUGUCACUGGAGAUAAAACUGGGAAUGAUGAAAAGAGUUACGGAAUAAUUUCAGAACCUGAUUCAGGCAAUAUUGGCAUAUCUGAUUCUGCUAUCGCCCCCUGGGAAGCUAAGCCAUCGCCAGGAUAUUCAGUCAUCUUGUCUCAGAACUCUGAAUUACACAGUAACAAGGAGGCCAUUCCGUCUACCUUAACGAAUGAAGUCAGAACCCCUUAUUCAAGGGUUUAUAGUUGUCCAGAAGAAUUCGCGAAUGCGAAGGCAAACGAGAAAUCUCUGGCAGGUCACGGAGCUUCUCCAUCAGCAGAUUGUGGAAUGCAAACCUCUUGUAAUCUGACACUGAACGGAGGAAGGCAAGUACAAGGAAUCCUUUCUACAGGUUAUACGGCUUUUUCACCAGAGGGCUUUGGAACUGAUACCUUCAGAAAUUUAACGGAGAAUGUGAACAAGCAUAUACAAGAGACAUCUGCAGCUCAGCCAUCGUCAGGAUAUGUAGCCAUCUUGCCCCAUUAUUCUCUCUUAAACAAUGGCACGUCGCCUACUCCAUCAACCUCAACAAAUGAAGUCAAAGCUCCUUACUCAAGAGUUUACAGAAAUCCAGAAGAAUUCAAGAAUAUUAAGGAACACGAAAAACCUCUUCCACGUUGUGCAGGUUUUCUGCCUACACAGGGAAACAAGGAUACACAGGAAGUAGUUUCUACAGGAUUUGGAAUGCAAGCUUCUUGUGAAUUGAUAAAGAACGAUGGCGGGAAUAAACAAGGCACAUAUUCGAAAGGAUAUGUGCCACCAAACAUUUUUGGAACGCAAACCUCCAACAAAUUGAGGGAAGACGUGGGGCAGAAAGUACAACGAAUAUCUUCCUCAGGCCAAGUAGCCUCUCCGCCCACAGGCUUUGACAAACAAGCCUUCCCUACGGAUAUACGUCACUACGAUGCAGGCGCAGAGUCCAAGGCACAGAAAGAGCCAGUCACAAAUAAAACAGAAUCUGAUGUGGAGACUAGAGGCUAUGUGAUGAUAGACUUCCCGUUUCCACCGAAAGACACACAGGACAACAAAUACCAGAGUGGUGUGAACUCAGAGUCUCCGUCGAGCAACAAGAAAAAAUCUGAUGAAGCAUCAGGCCCUCAUCAUUAUGUAUCAAGGAUUGACGGCAGAUCAAAAAUAUCAUCUGAUCAGAAAGUCAAAACUUCAGGCGAAACUCCUUCAGUGGGAUAUGUGGCAGUAGAUUUCCCAUUCGCAAGAUUAAAAAAUGGACAAAAUUUACCAAACCAAUUACCAAAUGGUAACGGACAUGUGGAGGGAACAGUAAGUGAGCCAGAAAAGGAACUCUCUCCUUGCUUCCCAUAUGGCACGAGUGACGCGUGUCCGCCUAUUCCUGGAGACGAAAUGAACGUCCUUUGCCACGAGAUGCCGCCGCCACCUGACUUCCCCGUGAACGUACCUCAGAUGACAGUACAUCACGUGUCGACAGUAGUCACUGCACCUGACAGCUCCUUACGCUCGCCUAUAGACGAGAACGUAGGCUCAGCAGCGUCCUCUGGGUACGUAAGAAUGGAUCACAUAUAUUCUGGGAGGAAUGAAGAGUUCUAAGGUGAACAUUGGGAAAAUUUAUGGAUCGGGAACCUAUCUUAAGGCAGUGAUAUAUAGUGUGCAAAGUGUAUAUCUAAUUAUGUACAGAAACUUCAGAACAGUGAUAACUCACAUGGUUAAAAGCGAAAAAAGAAAGAAAACAAAGAAUUCAACGAAUAAACAAAAGCCUUAGACUGCAAAUAACUUCGAAUAUCCAUUAACAACGAAAAAAAAAAUAGAUAUACGAUAGACAGUGAGGAACCUCGCCUUUUCUUCCAAUGUUGGUAUUAUGCAUAUUAAUUUUUAUGUACAGUGCAUGGAAGCAGAUGAUGUUUGGAUGUAUUAUACUUUUAUCAACGAGAAAUAAAGAAAAUGAUAGACAAUGAAACUGUAUGUUAGCGGCAUUGCGGAAAUCGUAGUGUUGGGAUUUUGUUAACAAACUGCAUCAGGUCGAAGAGAAAAACUAUGGAAUGUGCAGUUAAUACGAAUAUCAAACAUCUUUACUAACAAAUUUACGAAAAUAAUGACGCGUAGCUGUUUUCCUGUUAGUAAAAACAUACAUUUUGUUUUGCUUGCUAUCAUUUUAUCUUGUUCACUGUAUUAGCAGGUACAAUGUGCAAUGUUAUAUUGUAGUCAUAACCAUGUAUCAAAUGCAUUAAACCUUGUCCACGUGUA